GCUGCGCCUGCGCAAGUUAUUGGCGCCAAGAUGGCGAUGGAGAUGAGGCUUCCUGUCGCUCGCAAGCCUCUUAGCGAGAGCCUGGGGCGCGAGACUAAGAAGCACCUGGUGGUGCCGGGGGACACGAUCACCACGGACACAGGCUUCAUGCGGGGCCAUGGGACCUAUAUGGGGGAAGAGAAGCUCAUCGCGUCUGUGGCUGGCUCGGUGGAGAGAGUAAACAAGCUGAUCUGUGUAAAAGCUUUGAAAACCAGAUAUAAUGGUGAAGUGGGGGACAUUGUAGUGGGGAGAAUCACGGAGGUCCAACAGAAGAGGUGGAAAGUGGAGACCAACUCCAGGCUGGACUCGGUCCUGCUUCUGUCAUCCAUGAACCUUCCCGGAGGAGAGCUGAGGAGAAGAUCAGCAGAGGACGAGCUGGCGAUGAGGGGCUUCUUGCAGGAAGGGGACCUUAUCAGUGCUGAGGUCCAGGCAGUGUUCUCUGACGGAGCCGUCUCUCUGCACACGAGGAGUCUCAAAUACGGAAAACUGGGUCAGGGCGUUUUGGUUCAGGUUUCCCCCUCCCUGGUAAAACGGCAGAAGACUCACUUCCAUGACCUGCCAUGUGGUGCCUCAGUGAUUCUGGGCAACAACGGCUUCAUCUGGAUCUACCCAACGCCUGAGCACAAAGAGGAGGAGGCAGGGGGCUUCAUUGCAAACCUGGAGCCUGUCUCCCUUGCUGAUCGAGAGGUGAUUUCCCGGCUGCGGAACUGCAUCGUCUCGCUGGUCACCCAGAGGGUGAUGCUGUAUGAUACCAGCAUCCUGUACUGCUACGAGGCAUCCCUUCCACAUCAGAUCAAAGACAUCUUAAAGCCAGAAGUAAUGGAGGAAAUUGUGAUGGAGACACGCCAGAGGCUUCUGGAACAGGAGGGGUAAGGAGAAGCAGGUGGAGGACAGGACUGAGUGUGCCUGGCCGGAGCAGUCCCUGAAAGCGACGGCCCCGAUUCAGGGCUGGGGCACUCGUCACUCGACCCACCCUGGGCUGCCUCCCGUGGAAGACCUGCUUUCUCCUGUUUUAAGGCAGAGCCUGGGACGGUGAACAGCAGCUGGCCCCUUGGGUUGCCCACAGAGUCCCAGUACUAGGGGUGGUUUCAGGGCUUUAAAAGCACGAAGUGUUCCAGCCGAGCGGACUUGUUCCUGGAACCAUACAGGACAUCUUUUGUCUCUUGCGCACCAUCACUUCACAAGGCACGCGGCCCCCUUGAAAUUGCCCUGUAAAAAUGUGGCCUCCCUGGCCCCCAGAUUAUCUCUUCUGGCCCCUGUUCCCCCACCUCCUGCAGCUCAAGUACAACACUGAUGAAUAUAGUCGGUAAAGGAGUCAAAGGGAAGAAUAAAGUAGCCAAGCAGGCUUUUGCUCGGUUGGAAUCUCA